AUGCAACAAACAAUGUCGAGAUCUACGUUACUUCCACUCUCUGUUUUUGUCUAUCUCAUCACCUUCCUCUGCACACAGUCUUUUCCCGACCAAAAUGGCCUCGUCUCGUCGUCGUUUUCUUCCCCACUUCUGGUCAAGAGAGACCAACGCACGCCAAUCGUUACGACUGAGUUCGGAGAGAUAUCAGCCGUUCAGAUCGGUGAUGGAUACCAUCUUCAGUUCAUAACAUUGGAGCCAAACGCACUCUUGCUUCCUCUUCUUCUCCAUUCCGACAUGGUUUUAUUCGUUCACACUGGGAGUGGGACUUUAAAUUGGGUGGAGGAGGAGAGCGAGAGGACGUUAGAACUAAGACGAGGAGAUGUAUACAGGCUACGUUCUGGUUCAGUAUUUUACGUACACAGCGACUUCGAGAGAGACGAAGUUCAGGAGAAACUUACAGUUUACGCAAUAUUUGACGUGGGGAAGUGUUUAAACGAUCUAUGCCUUGGAGCCUACUCGAGUAUUAGAGACCUUGUAUUGGGUUUCGACGAUAGUACUCUCCGGUCAGCUUUUGCGGUUCAUGGGGAUGUUUUGAGGAAGAUAAGAGGCGCUGCGAAACCUCCAUUGAUCAUAAAUGCUCUGCCGAAAAACAGAACACAAGGCUCGGAGGAGGAUAAGUGGAAAUCACGGCUUGUUAGGCUCUUUGUCGGAGUUGAAGACGUGGCUGAUCAUUUGGCGAUGAAACCAAUCGUUGAUGCUAAUAAGAAGAAAAGAAGAACGUUCAAUGUUUUUGAGUCUGACCCAGACUUUGAGAACAACAACGGUCGGAGCAUAGUGGUAGAUGACAAGGAUUUGGAUGCUUUAAAGGGUUCACGAUUUGGGGUUUUCAUGGUCAAUCUAACUGAGGGAUCAAUGAUGGCACCUCACUGGAACCCUAGUGCUUGUGAGAUAUCGAUUGUAUUACAAGGGGAAGGCAUGAUUCGGGUGGUUAACCAACAGUCGUUGUCUUCUUGCAAGAACAAUAGCAAUAGCGAGAGAUUCAUGGUUGAGGAAGGAGAUGUUUUUGUUGUGCCGAAGUUUCAUCCUAUGGCUCAGAUGUCUUUUGAAAACAGUUCAUUCGUAUUCAUGGGGUUUAGCACUUCAGUAAAGACGAACCACCCUCAGUUCUUAGUAGGGCAAAGCUCGGUUCUGAAAGUGCUGGACAGGGAAAUACUUGCUGUGUCUUUCAACUUGAAUAAUGAGACAAUUAAGGGAUUGUUGGAAGCUCAAAAAGAAAGUGUGAUAUUGGAUUGUGUGUCUUGUGCGGAGGGAGAGCUUGCAAAGCUUACCAGGGAGAUUGAAGAGAGGGAGAGACGUGAAGAGGAAGAAAUUGAGCGAAAAAGGAAAGAAGCAGAGGAAAGGAAAAGAGAAGAGGAAGAAAAGAGGAGGCGUGAAGAGGAAGAAGCUGAGCGUAGAAGGAAAGAAGAGGAAGCAAGGAGAAGAGAAGAAGAAAGGAAGAGGGAGGAAGAGAAGAGGAGACGUGAAGAGGAAGAAGCUGAGCGUAGAAGGAAAGAAGAAGAGGAAGCAAGGAGAAGAGAAGAAGAAAGAAAGAGAGAGGAGGAAGAAGCUAAAAGACGAGAGGAGGAGCGAAAGAAACGUGAGGAGGAAGCAGAAGAGGCAAGACAGAGAGAAGAAGAAAGGGAGAGAGAAGAAGAGAAAGCUAAGAGGCAAGAGGAAGAGAGGAGAAGACGUGAGGAAGAAGAAAAAGAGGCGAGGAAGAGAGAAGAAGAAAGGGAAAAAGAAGAGGAGAUGGCAAAGAAACGAGAGGAAGAGAGGCAGCAGAGAGAAAGAGAGGAAGUGGAAAGGAAAAAACGUGAAGAAGAAGCGAGGAAAAGAGAAGAGGAGAUGGCGAAGAGACGAGAGGAGCAAGAAAGGAAGCGACGCGAAGAAGAAGAGAUGGCGAAAAGACGAGAGCAAGAGAGGCAGAGGAAAGAGAAAGAGGAGGUGGAGAGGAAGAGACGUGAAGAGGAGGCUAUGAGGAGAGAAGAAGAAAGAAAGAAAGAAGAAGAAGCGGCCAGAAGAGCUGAGGAGGAACGAAGGAAAAGGGAAGAAGAGAUGGGGAAAAGACGAGAGCAAGAGAGGCAGAGGAAAGAGAAAGAGGAGGUGGAGAGGAAGAGACGUGAAGAGGAGGCUAUGAGGAGAGAAGAAGAAAGAAAGAAAGAAGAAGAAGCGGCUAGAAGAGCUGAGGAGGAACGAAGGAAAAGGGAAGAAGAAGAAGCAAAGCGGAGAUGGCCGCCCCAGCCACAACCACCCUUCAGUACCGUGGGAAAUAUGGCGGGUGUGUCUUAAAGCAUGGAAACUUUCGUUUUUAUAUUUUCUUGAGUGUUCGUUUUGGUAAAUCUGGGCAUAUAUAUGUUUAUGAUAUAAACUUUGAUGUUUCUGACAUGUGACAAAGGAUGAGAUUGUGACAAAGUGGGCUUUGAGUUGUAUUGUGAGAUGUUUGGUUGUACAAGCCGUCCUUAAUAUUAUGAGACAAUUCUCACA